UCAAGCCACUAAAAACACUUUCAUUUCACAUGGACGGCCAAUUCGUGCAACUUGUAUCUCUAUUGGAAAAUUCUUGCUCUUCACCAUAAAUAAUGGCUCAAUAUUGUUCUGUAGCAUAGCAAUCCAUCUUCAGAAGCCAUAAGCUACUUUCAAGUACUACACUUUGAAUCUCCCCUCUCACAGGUACACCACACCAGCACAAUAUUAGAUCUUCAUUUUUUUAGAUUAAUGGAGGAAGUUCAGGCUAUCUCCAAGGAGCUUAUCAAGCCAUCUUCACCCACCCCUCACCACCUUCGCCAUUACAAACUCUCCUUUCUUGAUCAAAUCUCAGUCCCAAUUUUUAUGCCUUUGGUGCUCUUCUAUCCUAGAGAAAUCAACACCAACAACAAAGAAAGAUGUGACCUGAUCAAGAAAUCUUUAUCAGAGGCUUUAACCCAUUUCUACCCUCUAGCAGGACGAGUCAUAGACAACAUGUACAUUGACUGUAAUGAUGAGGGUGCCCACUUCGUGGAAGCCUGCGCCAAAUGCACACUUUCAGAUAUUCUUCAAAACCCAAAUCCUAGCGAUCUCAACAAGUUGCUUCCAUAUGAACUUGAUCAUGUUAAUGACUUGGCUGCUGUUUUCCAAGUCACUUUCUUUGAGUGUGGAGGAAUGGCCAUUGGUUUUGGUAUGUCUCACAAGGUUGGAGACGCCUUGUCUUUCUUUAUGUUCCUCAACAGCUGGGCUGCAAUUGCUCGCGGGGAUAAUUCUGUAUCUGUCCCUUGCUUUAAUUCUGCCUUGCUCUUUCCACCCAAAAACAUUUCUGGGUUUCAGCCCAGAACUGGGAUUAUGAAGGAUAACAUUGUCACAAAGAGGUUUGUGUUCGUUGCCUCCACCAUUGCAGCUCUUAGAGCUAAAUAUUCUGAUGAUAGCAGCAGUAAGUCCCCGAGACGCCCAACCCGAGUUGAAGCCUUAUCAGCUUUCAUAUGGAGCAGAUUUAUGGCUACCACUAAACCUGAAGCACAUAGUUCUGAUAAAAUCUACACAGUGCUUCAUGCAGUAAACCUGCGGCCAAGAAUGAAUCCGCCUCUACAAGAGCUGUAUUUUGGGAAUAUUAGCAGGAUAGCAGUAGCAGUGGCUAACAUGGAAGCUAAAGAGAAUAAGAGUUAUGGAAUUGUGAGCCAGAUGAGAGAUGCCAUAAGAAAUGUGAACCUGGAUUAUGUGAUGAAGCUUCAAGAGCGUGAUGGGCACUUGAAUUUUAUGAAAUACAGGGCUGAGAAAGUCAUGAAAGGAGAGGUGGUCUCUUUUAGCUUCACUAGUUUGUGCAGGUUUCCUAUAUAUGAAGCUGAUUUUGGGUGGGGGAAGCCUGUGUGGGUAAGCUCGGCUAGCCUGACUUUCAAGAAUCUGGUGGUGUUCUUGGACACCAAAGAAGAAGAUGGUAUAGAGGCGUGGAUCAACUUGAAGCAGGAAGACAUGGCUAAGUUUGAAGCUGACAAGGAACUUCUUGCACAUGUAUCUCCAAACCCUAAUAUGAAGAUUUCAUCCUUUUAAUUAAGCCUCCACAGGCCACAAGGAUUUUGGCUAAAUUAGCUUUUCAUAUAUAUAUAUAUAUAUAUAUAUAUCUCAAUUUAGCUAGGUUUUAAUUAUAGUUUAGGAAAAUUUCUUACUGUUAAAAUAUCCAACCAAUAAAAAAUUAUUUAUAUAUAUUUUUAAGUGAAUCUACCAUAAUUUUAAUCAAAAUAACAAUUAUUGAUUGGU